ACAAAUGAUGCCCUGGACAAAUUCAAAAAGUCAAGGGAAUCACAUUCCAAUUGAAACAAACACUUCGGACGGCGUUAACCAUCUGAACUCCCAUUGCAGAGAUUUUUGGUUAACGUCCUCUGACGAUAGCGAAUGUAAUGUUUCUGAAUCAAAUUCUAAUAACAGGGUUUGGUCAGAUUCUGAAAUGAAAUAUGCUAUUCCAAAUACAAAGAAAUCAAAAUACAAGAUUCGAAGAUUUAUUUUAGAAACAACCUCGGGGAACGACUCGGAUUCAUCAUGUGGAUCAAGUACCAUUACAGACGAUUCGUGUACAAUAACUGGAGACACGAGUCAAGACGAAUGUGGGGUAUUUGAAGAUUGGCCUAUUUUGAUACAAGAAUUAUCCCCUAGCACGGAUGACAGCACAUCAGAAAAUGUCAAGAAAAAACGACGGAAGCUCGUGAAUCAUUUAGUAGCAUGCCGUGUUUGUGGUGGACCAGAAUUAAUUUGUAAUUUUAUCUGCGUUUGUGUCGCGUGCAAUGAAGGCUAUCACCAAAAAUGCCAUGAUCCUCAAAUAAGUCAUUUCAAAAGCGGUGAAAAAUGGCGUUGCAUAGAUUGUCAAAAUGCGCUUCGAAGUAAACCAUCGUUGAUAUUUAAGAAAUCUGUUAACAGGGUAAGGGGAGAUACAAUGUCGACUACCCACGUAAUCAAAGGAAAUGGGAAUAUCGAGUCGUCAUGCGUUGAGCAACCAACAAUAGACCAUCGUGAAGAAACUGUUUCUACAAGCAUGUCGACUAAAAUCAAUGGAAAACAUCAUUACGACAUCAAUUCUAGUAAUGACGAUGAUUCUAUCAAGAAGCAAAAAACCGAUUUUUACCAAAGAACUGCUAAUAAAUGCUUAAACGGAUAUAAUCAUACCGUAAAAAAAGAUCGAAAAGAGACCGAUGGCAAGGGAAUUGAUAAAGAUACAUCACCAUAUUCUCGCGCAAAAACAAACACUUCUCAAAAAAAAAGGAAUAGGUCUUUAUUGCCAUUGAUUCUACCUCCAUCUGAAAAGAGACAUUCAACUACAACGGAACUCCGUAGAUUAUUUGACAACUGCCCAAUGUCAAUUGUGAAUUUUGAUGAAGUUUUUAAUCCGGAGGAAUGGGGUAAAUGCGAAGAAGCAGUGCCUUCAGGUAGAAAUAUUGGAUCUUCUGAGAGUUCAUUAUCGAACAAAUCUCUUAUCUCUUUAAGGAAGAAAAAUGUUGUAUCAGACAAAGGGGCUGUAAUUUUGAAUAAAAGUACUACUACAUCUGGCAGAAGUUCGAUUUCAAGCAAGAGCGUAACCGUCCCAUCAAAUACCAAAGCAGUCACCAAAAGUUUCGAAGCUUUAACUCCAAAAAAUAGCAUAUCUGCUAGUAAAUCUGUUGGAAUUACCGAGAAUGAUGCAAAUUUUAAUAUUACAUCAUUAUUACCUUUGAAUCUUAUUCCUUGCUUGAAUUUUGAUGCAUUGGCGUUUAGAGAGGGUACUAUAGAUAUCAAACGAGGUCAG